AUGGCCCUCUGUACCCAAAACAGAUGCGCUGACCAGACUGCGCUACACCUCGUUUCACCCUCCGAAGCAUAUAGAUCUACCCGAUCGAUCAAGACUCGAACCGAACUCGCUCAUCCUUUUUGGACCCUUCGCCCGCUUAGAAGUGGAUUCGAACCACUGACACAAGGAUUUUCAGUCCUUUGCUCUAACCAGCUGAGCUACCUGAACCACUUUCCUAAAGUCUGUUUUCUUCAUCGAAUAGCGCCCUACACUUUCUUCUUAAGUCAGAAUAAAGAGAAAAUGGAAGUUUCAGUUAAGGGCCCUUUUCGCUUUUUAAGCUUUCUUCUCUUAUGA